AGAUCAGUACAAAUGUCUUUUUCUGGUUCUGAGUGCUCCUGAUAAGUUCCUGAGCUUGAACCUGAAAUGUGUUCUGGCUAGGAGCAAACUUUAAACAGACACCCACAGUAAGUUCUCAGACUCCCAGCUAAGGAAAUUGUUUCCUUUUUCACUUCUGAAUUCACUUCAGAAGCAAAGGAAUCCCACCAGCAAAGCAAGCAGACCCAUGAGUGACCCACAACUCUAUUAAGCUCUGGAGGAUCGCCUGCUGCCUGGAACCUGCCGCCAGACAGGGAGCUCAUUGCUUCUUUAUUUUCAUGCUGCUGGGUCAGUGCACUGAGCAGGAAAACAGUGUGAGGAAGUUUGGGGCAUAGCCAAAAAGUAAGGUAAAUAAUCAGCACAGCCGUGAAGCGCAGACUUUGAUACUGCCUAAAAAAGGAACUGCCGGUGAGAAAAAGAAAAGGGAGGUGGAUGAAGACACGUUUUUAUCCCACCAUGUCCUGAGGGGACACACAUUGUUCUCUCUCUGCUCUGGAUAAAGGCAAACUUUGGAGCACUUUAGCUAUCUUGCCUAUUUCUUUAUCAAUUGUUGGAAGUUUUUUUUCAUGUUGUUGCAUGCAGCAGUAUAGGUUUGCAAGAGAAGACAGCUUACCCAGGAAAGUGUUUUUCUAUGAGCUGGAAACUUUGUUCUUUUUCCUUUUUUUUUUUGCUUCACUUUGAAGUUGACAGGUGCUGGCACUAAAAACAACUUUCAACCCCCAUUUCUUCGGAAAAUAUAAAGCUGACUGUUUGUUUUUUUUCUAUGUAUCUCUGCUGGAUUUAAAACUGUUGCCAAACAUAAGGAAUAUCAUUGCUUUAACAGAAACUGGAAUACGGGGGUCCUCUGUAAAUGGGAUUAUGAAGGAUCUACCCAGCGAUUAUGUGCUACCAAUGUUACCGAGCCAGGAGCAAUACUUUCUUGUGAGGGGUGCUGUUAUCAUGCUGUUUUAAGGGUGACUGCCAUUUGCAAAUCUCAAGUGCUGUUAGUGUGUGUGUGUGUGCUUACCUCCUAUUCAUCCAAAUGAUCCUCUUAGUGCUACUCCUCAGAGUCCUAACUACUGCACUGGACUUCCAGCUACAUGGGGUACAAGCUGAUUCCAAUUUAAGCAGCAAGUUUCACUAUGGAAGUGUCAAGGAGCAAAAUGGAGUACAAGACCCACAACAUGAGAAGAUUGUUUUGGUUUCAUUCAAUGGAAGUAUUCACAGCCCUAGGUUCCCUCACUCUUACCCUCGCAGCACAGUGCUGGUAUGGAGACUGGUAGCAAAGGAAGAACAUUUAAGGAUACAACUGACCUUUGAUGAAAAAUUUGGGCUGGAAGACCCUGAAAAUGAUGUAUGCAAGUAUGAUUUUGUAGAGAUUGAAGACCCCAGUGAUGGCACAAUUCUUGGACGCUGGUGUGGCUCUAGCGCAGUGCCGAGCAAGCAAAUAUCGAAAGGGAAUCAGAUCAGAAUACGCUUUGUAUCCGAUGAAUAUUUACCUUCAGAACCAGGAUUCUGCAUCCAUUAUACACUUCUCACACUGCAACAAGCAGCACCUGCAAGUCCAUCAGUCCUUCCGCCUUCAGCACUGCCAUUAGACAUACUCAGUGAAACUGUUGCUCGGUUUGAGACUCUGGAAGAAGUAAUAAGAUACCUUGAGCCAGACAGAUUGCAUUUGGACAUAGAAGAUUUAUACAGACCACCGCUGCAAUUACUUGGAAAAUCCUACAUGUAUGGAAGAAAAAACCGAGUUGUGGAUCUGAAUUUGCUAAAAGAAGAAGUCCGAUUGUAUAGCUGCACCCCAAGGAACUUUUCAGUGUUUUUAAGGGAAGAACUGAAGCGGACUGAUGCUAUUUUCUGGCCCAGUUGCCUCUUAGUGAAGCGCUGUGGAGGAAACUGUGCAUGCUGCAAUCAUGUAUGCAGUGAGUGCCACUGUAUGCCUACUAAAGUCACCAAAAAGUACCAUGAGGUUCUUCAGCUGAAGCAAAGGAUUGGGAUGAAAACACUGCAAAAAUCUUUGGCAGAUGUCCCUCUGGAACAUCAUGAAGAAUGUGCCUGUAUGUGCAAGGGUAACACUGAAGGAUAAAUCAAGUUGGAGAUGAACAUACAGCAGCAUACUGUUUAAGGAAGAACAUUGGUUUACACUGUAAAUUUGGAAGCCUGACUCUGCCCCUUGCAAAUUCACAGAAGCAAUGUCCUAGGAGAAAGAACUCUAGUCGCCUCCAUCUCAGAAUUCUUCUAAGUUUUUACUUUUAUAUUAAUGCAGAACAUUUCCACACCCUGAAAAGAGAAAGACUUGCAGAUGGGUGAAAGCUUCACAAAUCAUCACGUUUUAUGAAAAUCCAAACUGGUUGCAUGAUAUAUUCUUGCUUGUAUGCUUCCUUUUUGGAAGCAGGAACAUUUAUGAAUAAGAACACUGAAAUUUUUCCUUCUGAACCAUCUUGUGUUCAGCAUCUGAACUUGUAUUUGCUCAUGCAGUAUGUUUGGACCAAUACGAAAACCCACUACCAAAACAUAAAUGGUUGCCCUUUUCUAUUUUAAAUAAAGUCGUGCAUUUUGUUUUCUCAUUUUCUGUUAAUUUUGUACAUUUUAUACGCUUUUGACAUGAUAUGUAUUCGCAUUUCUUAUUGUCUUAAGUUUAUCUAUUUUUACCUAGGGUAUUUAAUGUGCUGCCUUUUUAAGCAUUUUGUGUAGUUUCAAUUCUACCUUGUGUUAUAGAACCCAUCGGAAUGAUGAUCGAACGUCAUUAUUUGUAUAUGGUGCUAAACAGUGAAGUAAUCUGGGUCUUUAAGUUUUAAGAGUAAAAUGUCAGAUACAAAGAAUAUAUUGGUACUGAACUGCUUCUUACAAUACUCUUAAAUGUAUAAUAUUAACUUAAUUAUGGGUUUUUGAAGAACAAUAUUUUUUUUGGUAACAUAUAAAUACAAUUUUGAUUUGG